AAGGUGUAGUUCCUGUAAAAUGUCCUCACCAGUGCAUAGGAUCACUGUACGAAGCCUGACGAUGCUUCCCUCCACACGACGGACCUUCUUGCGAGUCUAUUCCACAGUCGCAGCUCCUCGAGAGGACAUUACUAAUAAGCGAAUACCCAUUGAAUGGUUAAAGUAUUGCCCGGAGUGUGUGAAGAAGGAUAAUACUACAUCGGAAAAAGGAGCGAAUAACGUACACUAUUCGUUGUGGAAGCGAACACUGACCGAAGCCGGCGAUCUGCUGGAUUCGACUGGAAUGCUGGUGGAUGAGCAGACGCCCAGUCGUCGCGUAUUCGACAUGUGCGAUUUGACUUACGCCUUCGCAGAGUGUGCUGUUCAUCACAUACCCAAACGGAAGUGUGAAGAGCUCGUUAAACGCGGAGUGCCAGUGAGAAUUUUGAAUUACUUCAUCGAAGACCCUGAGAGAUUCGACCGCUUGACGAACGUUCAGUUGGGUCGGCUGAUUUGGAGUAUGUCGGUGUUGAGACUACUCAGGAGCAAUGAUGCUGCUAAAGCAAUAACAGAAGCGUUACGCAAGAAUGAACGAUAUAAGAAUCUCACUGGACGGAAUCUGGUGAGGGUAGCAGGAGCACUGAAAGGAAUAAAGCAAGUGCAUCCGGGAAGGCGGCAUCUGGGAGAUCGAAUCAUGGGACAGAUAUUGCGACAAAGAAAUGAGCUGCAAAAAAUGGGCCUUUUGGUAGAAGGACUUCGCGCGGCGGGUAAACUGACAGUUGUAAACUCGGUGACACAGCAUAAGCUCGUCGAUCUGUUUCUCAAGGUAAUUGUACCACAAGCAGAUACUGCUCAACUGAUGGCGAUUCCGGGAUGUUUGGAUUCUAUAAAACUGGGAGACGAUGUGGUGUUCGAGGAGUGGGUUAAUAGAUUCCUCUCGAUGCUCACUGAAGGUCAGAGUGACGGCCUUCAUCUUUCGAAAGACGAUGCGGCUGAGGCGGCAUUUGGGAAAACUUUGAAAGCCCUUUGUCGUUUUCAAGUUGGACCCCCUGGAUUGACGAGCAGUGCACUGGGAAUAUUGACUAAGCGAAUAUCAGCCUUCGUCCGACAAGGAGAGGACGGCCAGGCGCCCUCCUUAUCAAACGGUGCAUUGAUCACCGUUAUUUGCGGUUUCCGCUCUCUGGGGCAUGAUUCCUACGUAGGGAUGAGUCAGAAAAAAAUGAGGGAGCAUGCUGCUGAGUUGACACAACUGCUAACUGUUUGUUUCGAUGCUGUGAAGGUCAGCGCCUUGUCAAGCGAGGAGCUCUUGCGACUGGCUGUUCGAGCUGCCGAUAUUAAUACCGAUGAUAGUGGACUACUACGAAGUGUGAGGAUACCUGAUGAGCAUUUGCAGCGCUUACGCGACGAGAUCGUUAAAGUAUCUAUGGAAACUGCGUAUACCUCAGAAGAGCUUCUCAAACUGCUCAAGGCCAGCGACGCCCUGGGUUGGGAUUGCGAUAUGGUUUGUAGAGCAAUAAUCGCUGAUAGCGAACGCAACCCUUCCCUUUGUGUGAAGAGCCUGCCUUUUCUAAAGCUGGACGGCUCGCACUCACCUCAAGCGGAAGUGUAUCGGAAAGCACUUCACUCUAGUGUGGGACGGGAGGCUGCUGAGUGUAUGGUACAAGUGAUGUCGAUGAAAGAACGCCAUCCGAAAGAACUUCUGCGAGUGGUCUUUGAUAACGCAUUGUCUGCAUUGGAAGUGUCAGACUUGAGCACGCCGCAGAUCCUCGCAGGUCUCGCGAGUGGCGCAUGUGACGCAGUCACAAUGGAAAAGAUACUUCUGGAGCUUGCUGAGAGAUUACCUAAAAUAACGAGUACCCAGAUUGAACGGGUAUCAUAUGAUUACUACGACCACGCAAUGGAGAAUGUAAAUCCAGAACUACGUCGCAAGAUGAGCCGGCGAUUUCGAGAGUUCGCUAGAUUAUCUUCCAAUAGCGAGAUAGUGUCGGCAUGGCGCGACGCAGCCUUCAAUUUGAAUCAGUGAGUUUCAUGCUCUGUUU